AUGAGUUAUUAUGGCAGUACCGCCUCAACCUUCAUCGGCUCCUCAAUCCAAGGCCCUAGCCAUUUUGUCAGCGAGAAUGAACAUCAUGUACCUUAUGGACCGGGAGAAGUCUCCUGGGACUUCGUCUCAUUUCUGGCCCUUGUCUCCAGCUCAACGUCCUAUACGGAGUGGACGGGGAUUGGUAUGAGCCGGAUCCACAUCACCCCAAGCAAUAUCGCUCUCUCUGAAAGAAAAGGGCAGGGCUCUAGCUUCUCAAUAUCCUUGAUCGAUCGCAAAGAGUUUUCCAAAGUUUUGCCACAUGACAUGGUUCGCUUAAAACACCUCCCUAAGCUCUUAGCUGUGAAGACGCCGAUCCUAGAUCCGGAAUUGAGAACACAGAGGAAUCGGUACAUUUUCGACUCAAUGACAAGAGAAUAUCGCAUAUUGAAUUAUAAGUCACUAAGAAACCACGAGAACAUCGUCCGACUGGUUGGUUGCUGCUGGCGAACCGUAAACACGGAAUUGGACAUCACAGUUCCGAACCUUGUACUCGAAGGUUCAGAUCUCGGUGACCUCGAGGACUUUUAUCAGCAGCAUGGAAAUAGUAUCACGAUGCGAAGACGACUUGGACUCUGUAUUGAUAUUGUUCUAGGUGUCGAUGCUCUUCAUCAAGCUGGCAUUUUGCACGGGGAUCUCAAACCUCGUAAUAUACUGGUCUUCAAAGAUAAGGAAAGGGGCUUCAUUGCCAAAAUAGCGGACUUCGGCUCUUCCAUCUCACUACACCAUUCCACCUUCCCCCGGAAGGCAUGCUCUGGAACAACGCUAUUUUACGCACCCGAACGGCUUGAUGGCCAACAAAAUUACAGCAGAGACGGCCUUUUGAAAGCCGAAAUCUAUACCCUAGGGUUCCUCCUUGCAUUUUUGGUCAGAGGACCCCAUAUAUUAGAUAGACUCAGCUCAGCUAGUCCUGAUCUUGUCAGGAAUCUCAAAAGACAAGGCGAACUGGCAAACUGGAUGAUGCAGGGUGAAGACCUGCUGACUCUUGACAGUAUGGUACGACCAACAUUUGGAAAAGACGCAGCUGAGCGGCGGCGCCAACGCGGCAUUUGGAGAUGGUCCCAGAACCAGAUAAUCAACAUGAUACAGGCGCAGCGGAGGAAAGGCAACUUUUCAAGUUUUGAUAGUAUGAUGGGUGACGGGGAUUGGAUCACGCUGGCCAACUCCCAGAUGAAAGAUGAGAAAGCAGAAAUGCUGCUCAUUGAUAUUGUCAAUCGCGUCAUGGUAGUUGAGCCGACCAAGCGACCUGCUGACGUACAGUCCGUCCUCCUAGCUCUUAGGAAGAUUUUGACAUUGGAGCUCUAUGCUGUGUAUGAUACCAACUACCAAUGGCUUAGGUUGUGCGAAGAACAGCUCGCAUCAAGCCGAAGACGGCUCAACCCGGAAGGUCUGCACGAGGGUCUUCCUGCUAUGCUUAAUAGUCAAGAGGUCGAUGCUGCCAUUCUGGACUACGCCUUGAGCCCAUCAAAUAGCUAUAACUCAGACAUAUGGCGGAGACCUAACGUCUUCCGCCAUAUUCGAUUCAUAUGGCGAUUUGGGAGCCCUGCCAAAUUCACAAAGAAAAAUCCGCGGAUAUAUCGGCUCUUCACUCGCACGGGGCGACCGGAACUCGAAAGAAAACAGAAAAGCCGGCAUCAUCAAGAGCAAAACGAGGAAAAUUGGACAGACAAGGAGGAUGUCUUCCAGGCGACAUUGGACGAAAGAUAUACCUCGCUCAUACCACAAAGCGUCCGAAGGGAGCUCACUAAGCAACUCGAAUUCAUUGCAGACUCUCCUACAGAAGCUGGACCCCGUCGUCUUGUUGCUUGUUUCGAAUACGCGCUGAUGAUUCUUUGCUACGAUGAUGUCUCAAGAUCGGAUGUCGAACUCAUUUCAAGAGCCCUUUCCUACCUAUAUCGUGCGGCAAACUUGGGGCAUCAUCGAGCCCAGAGCAUGGUUGGCAGACUAUCUGCCCUAUUUGACCGUGUAACAACCAUUGGCCGUGACAGGGAGUUUGAAUGGCUAUACCAGUCUUCUCUAAAGGGCAGUCUCACUGCUAUGGAGCGACUGCGAACAUUUAAUUUUGCUGCAUAUGAACAAGUACAACAUUUGCUACGCUUUAAAUAUAACGGCUCUUACGUCAAAGGAGAGUUAUGGAAGGAUACAGAGUAUCUGCUUAUUCUGAUCUCUGCAGGCCUGAGACAUUCUCCACCAAAUUUCAUACAUAUGCUUGUCGCACACGGUCAGCUAAGGAGCCUCAAAAGGAUUUCACAUCUCUCCAUUGAAAACUUCAAUACUAUAAAUGGCUUGGGUGAGACACCCCUAGUUGUUGCUUGUCGUUGUGGCCAUGCAAGAGUUGUGGAGCUCCUUCUUAAGCUCGGAGCAGACCCAUCAAUUGGAACAUUUGACAGCGUUCAUCCUUUGCAUUUUCUCAGUGCAUUUCCUGAGGAAGAUAUUCCUCAGAUGACACAUCUUCUUCUCCAGCAUGGCGCACAAAUUGAGGUCCACUCCCAGGGAGGAGAUGUCUACCGACAGGGACUUGAUGGCCGGUUUGGUAUAGAGGACGGAACGCCGCUGCUGUGGUCAGUGUGGGCGGGAAAUAUUACGGCCAUCAAAGAACUGCUCAGACAUGGUGCGGAUGUUUUUUCAUACAGACCACUAAACGAAUGGGAUAUGCGAGGUGACGCGGUCAUUUAUUCCUCUCCGCUCGAGGCUGCCAUUAACACUUAUAGAUACAAUAUCGUUGAUCUUUUGCUGUCAUCGUGCAAAGACCAGAAGGAUUUAGAACUGGGGUUGAAUGAUCUUCGACUAGUAGGCAAAAGCGUCAGUGCAACCCCAUUACUGAUGGCUCUGGAGAGAAAAAUACUUUCGAGGCUGAGAUCGACGCUAUUCCACGGUCCAUUCCGUCAUUACGCUCAGUUGAGAACGGUCGAAACCUUGCUGCGCUAUGGUUCCAAUCCUCUUCGUCUCAGCAAAGAGAGCUCAGGUGCAUCCGUCCAUGCAAUUGGACUCGUCUGUCAGGAUAAUAAUCUUUCUCUGCUUGAAUUUCUCUGGAACUACCACGAGGGCAAAUUGCGGCCAUCCUCAGAACAGUAUCUCGAAUGCGUUUUCGACGCAAUACGGACAUCAAACCGAUGCAUAUUUGAUUUCCUACUGUCCCAUCAGCACGACAUUCCUCGAACCCCAGAAACCUACAAGAUGCUGUUGAAACUAUUGAGUAAGACCUGUGGCCUUUCUUCUGAUUUCCACUACCUAUCUUCUGUCGUCGCAUCCAUUGUCCAAGCUUUGCCAUUGGCCCCUUCUGGAGCCACAAAAAGGCCCGAUUUUACCGAGCAGGUAUUUGUCUCUCUUGUUGCAGGAAAUAUUGGAGCUGCGAGAUUGCUCUGCCAGUAUGGCAAUUGCAGCUUCACUAGGCCAUUCGAUAACUUCUCGGUGCUGGCGAGAGUGAUCCAACUAGAUGCAGUUUUCCCAAUUCUUCAGGAUAGAGUUGGCAACCUGCUGCACUUGGUUUCCUCAUUCCUUUCGGUGGAAGAAAAGAGCGAAUUAUUUUGGAAGUGUGCAUUUCACGAAGAUGGUGGCCGACGCUUUCCACUUACAGCCCUUCAAUUUGCCUUUAUGGGCCAAGAACACACGCGUGGAACUACGGAGAGCCUGGCGGCGAUGAACCCAAGGCUUCUGCCCAAUAUCCUCCGGGCUUUUCACGAACCUGAGUUUCUGAAUGCUCGAAUCGAUCCUUGGUCUCUGGAUUUCCCUGGCGACACUGCUCUGCACAUGGCCGCGCGAAAAGGGUGCGUGAAGGAGAUACACGCACUGCUUAACGGUCAGCACGGAGGUUCCUUUGAUCUCAACCUUAGAAACGUCCACAACGAAACACCGGUGGACCUGUUCAUCGCACACCAUGAGAAGCUUGUUAAUGAAUUAGAGGAACGAUUUGAACAUUUAGGUUCUUUGUCUACGGCAGGUGCCUUGUUAAGAAAGCUCGCCGAUGUUGAAGCUGCUAUCUCGUCCCUGUUGGAUAAGCGAGAAUGUAGUAUAUUCGUGUUCUGCCUUGUGGCCGUAAAAGAAUCACAGGACACGUUUCUCUUUAUGCGGCGGCCAAACAUUAAAAUCCGUGUUCCUUACGUACCAGGCAAGUCUCCCAACCACCUUCUAGUUCUGAAGUGACUGUGAAUACACUGCUAAGGCUUCCGUGGGUAGGUCACACAAUUGGGAAGUAUCCUUUAUCUGCUAAUGAGCAUGAGGAUGUUGACCAGGUUCUCAACCUAGAAGUUUCCAGACUGAUCCCAUUUGUCGACUCCCCUUCAAAGUAUGGCAAAGUCCUGUCGAAGGAUCUGGAUAAUUUUAUUAAGAAGCUAGCUUGAUGGAAUCCCUUCUGUCUGCAAUAUACUCUGCUUUCAACUUAAAUCAUCAUCAAGGCAUGUGUUUUGUACUUUGCGAUUCUCUAGCGAGAAAAAUAUCAUCACAACUGCAUCAUCUGCAUCAAAUGCGGGAUCCAGGGUGUCUGGACU